AAUUACGGGCCCGGGAAUUCAACAGUUUGUAUCUUAGCAUUGGAAUGCAUGAUUACAAAGGAAAAAGGUGUCGUUUACAUGGAGUGGGGGCUGGUGGAGAGUGAGGUGAAUGUGCCGUUUUGAAACUAAAGGACAGUAAACGCUUCCUCUCUCCCCAUUCGAGACCCUCCCGCGGGCCCGGCGGCCGCCUCUGGCCUGUCCGGAGAGAACAUGGCGGCCCCCGGAGCCCGGGGCUGCAGCCUCGCGGGUCUGCUCCCCGCGCAGACCUCGCUGGAGUACGCCCUGCUCGACGCCGUCACCCAGGAGGAGAAGGACAGCCUGGUCUACCAGUAUCUACAGAAGGUGGACGGCUGGGAGCAGGACUUGUCAGUGCCCGAGUUUCCGGAAGGAUUAGAAUGGCUGAACACAGAAGAGCCUAUUUCUGUCUACAAGGAUCUGUGUGGAAAAGUAGUCAUCCUUGAUUUCUUCACCUACUGCUGCAUAAACUGUAUUCAUCUAUUGCCUGAUCUUCAUGCAUUAGAACACACAUACUCUGAUAAAGAUGGUCUUCUGAUUGUUGGUGUUCACUCGGCUAAGUUUCCAAAUGAAAAAGUCCUGGAUAACAUUAAGAGCGCUGUUCUUCGAUACAACAUCACCCACCCUGUGGUUAAUGAUGCAGAUGCCAGUCUUUGGCAAGAACUAGAAAUUUCCUGCUGGCCAACUCUGGUCAUACUUGGACCCCGUGGAAAUAUGUUAUUUUCUUUGAUUGGAGAGGGACACAAAGAUAAAUUAUUUUUAUAUACUUCCAUAGCUUUAAAGUAUUACAAAGACAAGGGACAGAUCAGAGAUAAUAAAAUUGAAGUAAAACUCUAUAAAGAUUCUUUGCCACCUUCACCAUUGCUGUUCCCUGGCAAAGUAACAGUAGACCAUGUUUCUAAUAGAUUGGUAAUAGCAGACACUGGACAUCAUAGAAUUUUGGUCGUCUGGAAGAAUGGACAAAUUCAGUACAGCAUUGGAGGACCCAACCCCGGAAGAAAAGAUGGAAUAUUUUCAGAGUCAACUUUUAAUUCACCACAGGGUGUAGCCAUAAGGAAUAAUAUCAUCUACGUAGCAGAUACUGAAAACCACCUUAUAAGAAAGAUUGAUCUAGAAGCUGAGGUGGUGAGCACUGUAGCUGGCAUUGGAAUUCAAGGUACAGAUAAAGAAGGUGGAGCUCAGGGAGAAGAACAACCCAUUAGUUCUCCUUGGGAUGUAGUUUUUGGAACGUCAGGUUCAGAGGUCCAAACAGAUGACAUUCUGUGGAUAGCCAUGGCAGGGACUCAUCAGAUAUGGGCACUGCUACUGGACUGUGGCAGACUACCAAAGAAAAAUGAGCUGAAAAAAGGAACCUGCCUUCGGUUUGCUGGAAGCGGAAAUGAAGAGAACCGAAAUAAUGCAUAUCCUCACAAGGCAGGCUUUGCCCAGCCUUCAGGUCUGUCUCUGGCCCCCGGAGAUCCCUGGAGCUGCCUGUUUGUCGCAGACAGUGAGAGCAGCACGGUGAGAACGGUCUCGCUGAGAGACGGAGCCGUGAGGCACCUCGUGGGAGGAGAAAGAGAUCCCAUGAAUUUAUUUGCUUUUGGUGAUGUUGAUGGAGAAGGAAUCAAUGCCAAGCUUCAGCACCCACUUGGAGUAACUUGGGACAAGAAAAGGAAUCUACUUUAUGUGGCAGACUCUUAUAAUCACAAGAUUAAAGUUGUGGAUCCAAAAACAAAAAACUGCUCAACAUUAGCAGGAACCGGAGACGCAAGUAACGUUAUCACUUCCAGCUUUACCGAGUCAACUUUUAAUGAACCAGGAGGCUUGUGUAUUGGAGAGAAUGGCCAGUUAUAUGUAGCAGACACCAAUAAUCAUCAGAUUAAAGUGAUGGAUUUAGAAACAAAAACGAUUUCUGUGCUCCCAGUCUUCAGACCUGACAACGCUGUGGUAGAUGGCCCAUUCCUGGUCGAGAAACAGAAGACAUUGCCCAAACUGCCUAAAUCUGCUCCAAACAUUAGACUUUCUCCAGUGGCUGCAUCUCCAGGCCAGACUCUCCAGUUCAGACUAAGAUUAGACCUCCCAUCAGGAGCAGAGCUGACCGAAGGGGUACCCAGUUGUUGGUUUCUAACAGCUGAAGGCAAUGAAUGGCUUCUUCAAGGACAGAUACCCUCUGGAGAAAUAGAGAGCAUUUCCAGUCAACCAGCGAUCUCACUGCAGAUUCCUGGAGAUUGCUUAUCCCUUGAAGCCGUGAUAUCUAUCAGCGUGUUCCUUUAUUACUGUAGCGCAGACAGCAAUGCCUGUAUGAUGAAGGGAAUUUUGUUCAGUCAGCCUUUACAGAUAAGCAGUGCACACCAAGGGUGCAUCGCUCCAGUAGAGCUCAAGUAUGGAUUUUAACAAGCCAGUUAGCUACCCAGUCGCCACAGCCACUGUCUCAUCACUGUAACUUAGGAAAAGCAGCUUUAUUUCUGCCUCUGGAUACCAAGGAACCCACUGCUCAGUUCUAGCAACUGGUUUUAAAAUAAAGCUAUGCUCCAUAUUUACUUAUCUAGUAUAAACAAAUUCCUUCAUUCUGGCUGUGUACCAGUUAAAUCACUGACCAUCAUUUGAACCAUGAUUUUGUAAUCCCUGCUGCUAUUUGGCACAAAACUUAAAUCCACACUGUAGUCUAGAAUAUUAUCAUGAACAUAAUUCGCAGUGAAUACUGAUAAUGAAACCAAAUAUUUUAACUUUUUCUACCUUUAUUAGUAUCAAGGAGCACAUUUGAAUAUAUACAUUUCACAGUAACUUUAAACAGAACCCAAGAUUCAGGACACCUGCCAUUCAAAGCCUAAGGUCUGUUUAAGCCAAAAAAAAAAAAAAAGUCUUUACAUCACAGUAGAAACUUAGAGUAUCUGGGUGGUAAAUAUGUUCUUUGUUCUCUUCUGUGAUUCUCUCAGUUGAGAGUGAUUUAAAAGAGAAUUUCUAUUUUUAUUAUAAAUUAUUUGCUAUUUUAACAUACCAUGAUUAAUG